AUGUCUAUCUUCGAAGCCUUCAAGCAGAAGAUUGGUCGCAAGUCAUCUCGCAAGUCCAGGCAGAAAUCCCAAUCAAACAUGUCGAUACCCGGCAGCAACAAUACCUUUUCAAGCCCUGCAGUCCAACCCACCAACCGUGAGUCUUCACCCCAGAUUAUCGUGACUCCUCCACCUCCGACCAAAAGCGCUGAUAAGCCUUCAGCUCCCGACCAUGCUCCUCCAGCCUACUCGGUUACAGCACCCGCUCCAUCGGUAAACGGAUACCUGGCAAGCAAUGGUGGACCUGUUAGAAGCCCCUCAUCCGCCCUGUCCACCACCCCGUCCGCCGCCGCUUCCAUCAUGUCCAGCACCGGCAUGAGCGUUUCGACGCCAGAGGACCCCUACGCAUUCCUUUCCUCCUUCGACACCAUUUUCGUUAUUGACGAUUCGGGGUCCAUGUCCGGCCGUUCGUGGCCCGAGGUUCAGGGUGUCAUCCGCAACGUCGCCCCGAUCUGCACGUCACAUGACGAGGACGGCAUUGACCUCUACUUCCUCAACCAUGAGAACCAGGCAGGUGGAAGCCCUCGGGAGGGCAAAGCUGCCGGUGGCUACUACGGAAUCCGUCGUGCCGACACGGUCGAGGGUAUCUUCACGUCGGUUCGUCCCCGCGGUUGCACGCCUACGGGCCAGCGCCUCCUCGCCAUCCUCAAACCUUAUCUUCAGCUCCUCGAGACCAAGAAGAACAACAUCGAGAGCGUCAAGCCCAUUAACCUCAUCGUCAUCACCGACGGUGCCCCCUCCGAUGACGUUGAGGCAACCAUCCUGUACGCAGCCAAGAAGCUCGACAAGCUCGACGCUCCCAUGCACCAGGUUGGUGUGCAGUUCUUCCAGGUCGGCAACGAGCCUGGUGCCCGCGAGGCGCUCCGAGAGCUCGACGAUGACCUCGUCGGCAGAUAUGACGGCGAUCUUCGAGACAUGGUUGACACCGUUACCUGGGAGAACGGUACCCGCGGUGUGCUCACAGCAGACAACAUCCUCAAGGUCGUUCUCGGUGCGGUAGUGAGACGUCUUGACCGUCGUCGCACAAGCGGCGAAAGCCGUCGCUAA